AUGCGUUAUUUUAUUUAUUAUCCACCACAUCAAUCCAUACGAUUAAUUGAUGUUAAUGAAAAUGUUCUUGUUGAAGAUGUUCUUACAUUAGUUAAACGAGAAUUUGGUCUUAAUACUGAAGAUAGUGGUCCAUCUGAAACAUCAAUUGUUCUUAAUUAUAAUGGUUCUGAUCUUAAACCAAAAUGGUCAUUAGUUGAUUUAAGUAUACCAUCUGGAUCAAUUAUACGUUGUUUAUAUCGAGAAGAAAAAGCAGCUGAUCUUUAUAUUUUAUGUAGUUUUAAUAGACAAAUAUUAAAAUUAUAUGAUUCAUCAAUAACAAUUGAAACAACAAUUGGUACAAUACGAAAGAAAAUUUCUGAUAAAUUAGGUUUACCAUUAAGUAUUUUUUGUCUUGAAACAUAUGAUACAAAACAACGUUUAUAUGAUGAUAUGACAUUAUUAAAUUAUGAUAUUAAAAUUCAUGAUCAUAUUUAUUUAAAAGUAUGGAGAGGAUAUGAAAAAUUUAUUAAUUCUUGUAUUAAAGGUUUUACUGAAUCGUAUGCUCAUGAUGAUCUUACACGACAUUAUCAAACACAAGUUGCUUUAUAUAUUGCAGCUUUUUAUGGUCAUAUGGAAUUAGCUAAUUUUGCAAUGCAACAUGGUGCUCGUAGUGAUCAUCCUGUUGGUGAACAUCCAUCUCGUCAAUGGACAUCAGAAUUAACAAGUAAAAAUUUACCUGAAAUGCUUAAAUGUCCUAUACAUAUAGCUGUCGAACGAGGACAUGUUAAAAUAGUUGAUCUAUUUGUAAGACAUUCUAUUAUAUGUACACAAAUUCGAGAUCCUAUAACAAAUUAUUUACCUUACCAAUUAGCAUUAUCUAGUUCAUUAUUAUCAAAAAAUAAAGAAGAAGAACAACGUUAUCGUGUUAUUUAUUUUUAUUUACAUGAUAAACAAUUUAAUCUUCAAAUACCAUUGAAUGCAACAAGUGAAUAUGUUUCUGAUUUACUUACUUCAACAAUUAGUACAAAUGCACUUCAUCGUUCAUCAUCAAAUUAUGUCUAUGUUUCAUUACCAUUCUAUUGUAAAAUUAUAAAUUGGUAUGAACGUGCACGUGAAAAAGUUUGGAAAAAAUAUGGUGGACAUUUAUAUAAUACAUCACAAGGAAAACGUAUCUAUCCAAAACAAGGUUUACUUGGUUAUAAAGUUUUAAUUGAUGGUUUUAAUAAUACAUUUGAAGUACCAUUAGAACAACUUCGAAAUGUACGAUCUGGUGGUAGUACGAUAAGAUCAGAUCAAAAUGAUUAUUAUCAUAUUUUAAAUGAUAAAGAACAAGAAAAAAUAAAUAAAAUGAAAAUAUUUAUUAAAAAUUUUGCAUUAGAUGAACGAAAACGUGCUAAACAAAUAGCUGCUGAAAAUCUUCAACAAUCACGUCGUCCACGUUUAUUAUUAUUACCUCAAACAAAAUUAAAUCAAAAUAAAUCUUCAAAAAAAAUUUCAAAAUCUAUUCCAUCAUCAUCAUUUGAAUUUUCAAAUAAACAAAAACAAUUAAAUAGAAUGGAUACAAAUUUAAAAUUAUCUAAAAUAAUAUUAAAAAAUGAAAAUUUAUCAAAUACAACACAUAUUACACCAUCAGCAUUAGUUAAACGAUUAGAAGAGAAUCAUCUGUUCGAUGAAAAAACUACACAUUUAUCAAAAUCAUCAGAUGAAUCAUUAUCAUCUUCAGCAGAAUCAUUACGAUCUUCUAAUCUUGACGAUGAAGAAACAUAUGCUUUACCUGUCAUUGUUUCUCCAACAUUGAAUGCACAUAGAUAUCAUUCAUCAAUAACAAAUAAAUUAGAAACGGUCAUUAACGUUAAUAAAAAAGAUAUUCAUCAAACAACAAUGCUAUCUGCUAAUGCUUAUGCAUUACCAUCAUCACGUAUUGGUUUAGAAACUGAACAACGUAAAACAGUUAAACAAAAAGAAUUAUUUACACAAACUGAACAGCCUAUACAAAAACAACCACAAUAUCAAUCAAAAAAAUCAACAAAGCUAUUAUCAACUUCUUAUUCUAGUGAACGUAAAGUAAUUGAUAUUGAUACAUAUAUUCCUUUACCUGAUCAUUCAACAAUACGGUGUUCAAAUCAAUUAAAAUCUCGUCGUGAUUGUCAAAUUCAUCAAACUACUGUUCAAUCUUAUGAACGUUAUGCUAGUGCGACAACACGAUCAACAGCUAUUCAUUGUUUACAAGAAGCUGGUAAUUUUAAAGGGAAAUCAUGGCUUAAACAAGUUGAAAUGAGUAAAGAAAUGAUGAAACAUAUGGUUAAAAGACGUAUACAUCGUACGAAUAAUGAAACAAAUAAUAAACCUAUUUUAUUACCACUUCGUACGAACGUUGUGAUAACAUCUGCUAGUACACAUACAUCAGUUACAGUUAAUUAA